GAAAUAUGCAUCAUUAUUUGUCAUAAAAACUACCCAUACUUUUCCCCAGUUUUGGUGACACAAGUUUUGAAAAGCUUGUUGAAGAAAGUUGAUUAAAAAGAUAACGAUUUAAUGCGAAGCUGGUUGGUACUUUUUCAAUUGAAAUAACGCGAAUAUGGGCGACCAGAGGCCGCCAAACACUUCAGAGAACGACGAACACAUAUAUCUGGACGUAGUUCACAUUGCCUCGCGCCCUCCGUCGAAACGGUCACUGUUUCCGAGUACAGAAGAAUCACAAGAGAAGCCACCAGCCGAAAAUGUGGCACCGAAGAAAGAGGGCAAAAGAUCGAGCGGUAUCCAAAUAUACAUUCUUUACUUCACGAUAAUAUUACUGGUUCUUGCUUGCUUGGCUUUGGGUGCACUUUAUGUGAUUGAAAGACGGCAAAGUGCUAUGCUCGCAUCAGAAAAAAGAAAUACAUCAGAAAAAAGAAAUACCACAGUCGCAACUCCAGUACAACCAAAUUGUAAACCAAAUGUCUGUCCAGAAACAGCGGACGAGAACCUGGAUUGUGUUUCCAUGAAAUUGGAGCUGCUGAGAAGGGAGACGAUUUACAAUAACAACUGCAAGACACAACUUGGUGAAGUUGGAAACACUACUCCGAAGCAAUGUACUGCAGAAGCCUUGCAGUUCCAGUCCCCCUCGGGUGCUGUGACGUCACAUGGUUCCUUGGCGAUGGCGUCAGCAACUGUGUGUUUCUGGUGCAAGUCAUCGCAAGGAGUGCUCCACCAUAUCACAUACGACGAGCCAUCUAGUAAAGGUGGCUUUAGUAUUCUCGAAGAAAAAUCAAUGCAAAGUUCCUCUGAUACAAACUGGCAUUCGUUCUGCUGGAUCUGGUCCACUGGUGAAGAAUUUUAUCGAUUUUACAAAGACGGGAAACUUCUCAAAAGCAGGGAGAUUAAUCGGGAGCGAAGAAUGACCGCUGGCGGAACCUGGAAACUAAGGCUAAAAUUGGAUACAUCAGGUGCUCGAAAUGCUGGCGGAGGAGGAACGACGCCGAAGCAGUACGGGGAAAUAACGUCGGUCAACGUUUGGAAUCGAGUUUUGCGCAAAAAUGAGCUUGAGAGAAUUAUGACUAGCAGUUGUGCAUCAAUGUACAAAGGCAACGUAAAAUCCUGGAAUGACUUCAAAUCUGCCGCUAAAACAAAUGUUAAACUUGUAAAAUCGACCUGUUGCAAAUAGAUGUAUGAAGCCCCUCUUUUUGUUCAUGGAUUACCUUAUACCAGCCGACAAUUCCUCUGCAACAUAAUUCAAAGAUUAGCGUCUUUGAACCCGAAAACUUAUUAUUGUCUUGUUUAGACAAAUAUUCUAGGUUUUAAAACGACAAUCUUCGAAUUAUGAAAGAAGCACAGGCAGUUUUGAAGAAAUCUCUGAAAACAUUUCAUUUAAUUUUGACUUGUAAUU